CUGAAGGCGGAGUUGUUGUGUUUUCCAGCGCAGAGCGGCGCCAACCCACCGCCUUGUGCGUCAGGAGCGCAGUCCGUCAGUGACACAACAUCAGCCGCUCGCAGGAUCCAGCAGGACCAGCAGCAACAUCUUCAUCUAAGCAUCCAUUCCACAACUGCCCUCCAUCCGCUGCGCACCGCCAAGGCUCCGUCUCUCUCUCCGGCGCCUCUUUUUCCACGCGGAUUAUUCUUUUUUUUCUUCUUCUUUGUUGCAUUCACAUCCCUCCGAGAUGGUUUUCUGGUUUUAAUUCUGCAAAGGAAAGAACAGGACUCGAGGCGCAGCGCAUCACCAUUACAUUGCAGUGUUUUAUUCUCACUGAAGCUGGAGAUCUGCAGAGAGAGCUGAUUAUCUCCGUGGAUUUGAUCCUCCUCCCCCCUCAGAGACCAUCUCCUCCAGCUCCGUCGAUGCCCAGCGGCAGCCUGUAGCCGGGACUCCCAGCUCCCUGCAGCAUCGAGGCUUUGAGACCCCUCAGGAUCUCCCCCCUCCUCGCACUUCUGACGCCUCCCCACCGUCACCAUGGGAACCGUGCUGUCUUUGUCCCCCAGCUACCGGAAGGCGGCCCUGUUCGAGGACGGACCGGCCACCGUGGGCCACUACACGGCCGUCCAGAACAGCAAGAACGCCAAAGACAAGAACCUGAAGCGCCACUCGCUCAUCAACGUGCUGCCCUGGAAGCGGAUCGUCGCCGUGUCGGCCAAGAAGAAAGGCUCCAAGAAGGUGCAGCCCAACGGCACCUACCAGAACAACGUCACCCACCUGAACAACGAGAACCUGAAGAAGUCCCAGUCCUGCGCCAACCUCUCCACCUUCACCCAGGACCAGAGCACCCCGGCUCUCACCAAGAGCUCCAACAACACGGUAUCUUCUGUCAAAAAGGCCCCUCUGACUAACUCCAAUGUGGCCCCCGGGACCCCUAAGAGGGUGAUCGUCCAGGCCUCCACCAGCGAGCUGCUGCGUUGCCUCGGGGAGUUCCUGUGCCGGCGCUGCUACCGGCUGAAGCACCUGUCCCCCACCGACCCGGUGCUGUGGCUGCGUAGCGUGGACCGCUCCCUGCUGCUGCAGGGCUGGCAGGACCAGGGCUUCAUCACGCCCGCCAACGUGGUCUUCGUCUACAUGCUGUGCCGCGACGUGGUCUCCUCCGAGGUAGCCACGGAGCACGAGCUGCAGGCCGUGCUGCUCACCUGCCUCUACCUGUCCUACUCCUACAUGGGCAACGAGAUCUCCUACCCGCUCAAGCCCUUCCUGGUGGAGAGCUCCAAGGAGACCUUCUGGGACCGCUGCCUGUCCAUCAUCAACCUGAUGAGCGCCAAGAUGCUCCAGAUCAACUCCGACCCGCACUACUUCACUCAGGUGUUCGCCGACCUGAAGAACGAGAGCCAGAAGGAGGAGGAGAGGAGCCGCCUGCUCAUCGGCCUGGACCGGAGGGUGAGGGCCAUCGCCUGACUGGCUUUCUUCAUGCAUCAUGGAUGAACAGGCCUCCGAGCUGCAAACCCUGGCGCUCUGGAACAACCCUCCACCGAUACGGAUACGACUGGACUUUUACUUUUUUUUCCAUAUCUGGCCACCCGAGGAAGGAACAGCGACGGCCACUAAACUGCUCGAUCCAUGUUUUCGUGGGUUUCUGGCUCUUACACGCCGACCGGAUGGACGAUGAGCACUGCAUUGUGGGACUUCUGGCCAGUGGUCACAUCGAGUGUGUUCAGAAAGAUGUACUUUAUUUUCAUCUAGAAAAAAAACCUAAAAAAACCCAACAAGUUAAUGGAUGUUUUACUCCCCAGAGGCUUACACCUAUGGAGGCUUAUUUAUUGCUUUUCUGGAACAAGUUUUUUUUCUUUUUUACUUAGAAAUGUAAUGUUUUUGCACGUGUGCCAUGCAAUUUUACAAAAGUUUCCAGGAGAGGAGCCAGAGGAGCAAUGUUCUUCUUUUUACUUGAUUUGUAAAACCAACUGCAUCUGCAUUAGAGAAUGCUGUGAACAAAGUGACACUAGUUUAUUUAGCUCUGCUUGCUAAAAUAGGCUAUUUGUUUACCAGGGAAAAUUCUUUUUUUUGUACUUUUUGUUGAUAGGUUGUGUCGCAACCACUUUGGAAUGAGCGUUUUUGAUUUCAUGCUUAUGAUUCAGCAUAGAAAAUGUUAAAACAGUGCCAUAUCUUCGAUGAAAAAUCCCCACAGGUCUGAGGAAAAAACUACUGUACUGUCUGUCCAGCUGUUGAAUGACGAGGAGGAUUUUUCAUCUACUAAUACCUACUUACUGACACCUAAUUUAUUGCCAUUUCUGUAUUUAUUAUUUAGGCACAUUUAAUGUAAAUGAAGGAUCUCGAGGAGAGACUUUUGGAGGAGGAAGAAGGGGGUUUGCUGGUGAAGCAGGUGUGCUUAUCUUUUGGUGGGAAUGAAGAUUGAUCUGGUUUAUGCAAUUGAAUGUUGCAGGGAUUUUUAUCAAUGAGAAUCUAAUUAAACAGCCCUGAGAUCAAAACCACUGUUAAAUCUGACCAUCACCAAUCCUCAAGGACACCUCGACAUCACGGAGGUUUUCCCUUCAGAAAAAGCCCUGAAAACAUCUUUUUUUUGUCCCGAAUUAGGAGCUCAACCCAACCUGCUGUCCCACAUAUCAGAAACACGAAGCACACACUCGGUUUCUUUUCUUAUUUCUAGGGGGAAUAAAUCAUUUAAACAACAAUGUCUGGUUCAUCAUGGCUGCAGAGAAGCACAGUGUACUUUGAGGGCAUCACCUCACUGUAAAUCCAACUAAAGAGACGACUUUCACAUAGAGGCUGGAGGAAGAAUCUCAGUUUUGUGUGCGAGGGGAACCUUUACAACCAAACAGAAAGCAUGCAGAACAAUUGUAGCUUCUUAUUACGUAGAAUAGUCAAAAAAAAAAUGCUGCUGCAGCUCCUCAUUGUCUCCGUAAUGACUUCAAUCACCGGAUAAGCUUCAGUAUUUCCUUUACAAAGACUAGUAUUUACUGGUUUUCACAUCGUAUACAGCUCUAGACCAGUCAUGUAGUCUUAUUUUCUUGGAAUAAUGGAGCAGUUGAGGCCUCCAUCGUGUUUUCUUUUCUUUUCUUUCCACCCAGAGAAUGAAUCUUUGCUGAGGUGUGAAUCAGAGAAAAUGAGCAGCUCAGACUUACUUCUCUGCUGUGGAUUUUGGAGUUUUUCGCAGCAAGGCGGUUGAUUUUGGAGGGAUUGCACUGGCACAAUAAAGGGUGGCAGGGAUGGGACACGCACUUCGGAUGGGAUUCAGGAAAAUUAAAAAGAAAGCAGGGCAUAAAAAAAGGGAUAAAGGGCCUCGAACGGACACCUCGAAUCUUUUUCUCCCUCUCCGUCCACAUAACCCCCGACUUCACUUGAAAUGUGCCAUGUUUCUUCACUUGCAUCAUCGAGUAGUUGUUUGACUUUCAGAAGCUUCUAAAAAAAGACUCGUGAUAGUUCAAGAUUUCUGUCAGAUUCUUUUUCUGUAUCUCGUUGCGUACUUUGUAGAUAAAUUUGAAGAAAAAAACGAAACAGUGAUUAAAAACUUCAAAAAGAGAGGCAUUCGAUGGCUGCGUGAGUGUGUGAUUGGAUGAAUGAGUGUGUGUCUGUGUGUGUGUGUGUGUGUGUGAGCAGCAUUUUAUUUGUACAGAAGAAUGUGUGACAUGUUGUUUUUUUCUUAUGGACGAGGAUAAAACUCCAACCACUCUGGUCUUUCUCUUGGUGAGGGAGGGGUGUUGACGCUGUUAAUUAAAUACAAAUGUUCUUUUUUUUUCUUUUUUGGGGAAAAAAAGACAAAAAAGCCUUGAUGUAAUCGAAACUUUCUUUUUUGAGUUUGUUUCUGCUUAUUUUAAUUUAUUUUUGUACUGUGAUGGAAAAAUAAAAUGCACUGAUCGUUCAA